AUGGUUCUCACUAUCAACAGGAAUGGGAAGCCCUACUGCGGGUUUACGGGAGGAUGGCUGGUUGUUUGGAUCACGAUUGCGUGCGCUACUGACAUGACCCUUUUUGGGUAUGACCAAGGUCUUUUCAGUGGCGUAGUGAUCUCGAAUGAUUUCCUUUUUAUUCAUGAUCUUGUUGGACCGACAAAAACAAAGACACUUUCGACUGUCACUGCGAUUUAUGACAUUGGGUGCUUUUUCGGUUCAAUUGCUGCUUUCACUCUCGGAGAACGAUUGGGUCGAAUCAAGUCCAUCCUAUAUGGAACGGCCAUUAUGGCUAUUGGAACCAUUCUCUGUGCGAGCUCGUUCUCUCUGCCCCAGAUCUUUGUUGGCAGAGUAGUUCUUGGCAUCGGCAACGGUAUCAACACCGUCAGUGCGCCUCUUCUUCAAGCGGAAACGGCCAACUCCCGGUGGCGAGGCAGACUGGUGAUGCUGGAGAUGCUGAUGAACAUUGGUGGAUUCAUGGUCGUCAACUGGAUCAACUAUGGCUUAUCAUUUGCUGGCGGUGCAAUCUCGUGGCGACUUCCCAUCGCCCUUCAGUUCGUUUUUAUCUUUAUCCUGUUCGGCACAGUCCCCUGGCUGCCCGAAUCACCAAGAUGGCUCAUGUCCCACGACCGCGAAGUUGAAGCCGUCCAAGUCCUCGCGGCCCUUGAAAACAAGACAGUGAACGAUCCCUACGUCUCCACCCUACGAAACGAAAUCGGUUACAGUAUUCAUUUUGAGCGCGAAAAUGCCAUGGGCUGGUUACAGCUAAUUAGCUUCAAGAAAAAGAACAACUGCACCAAGACCGUCCGGCGACUACUCCUUGGAGCGGGUACUCAAUUCAUGCAACAAUUCCAAGGAAUCAACAUCAUGUCUUACUACCUGCCGACCGUCCUGACCACUGCUGUCGGUACAACCGAAGAAAUGGCUCGCCUAUUGACUGCUUGCAACUCGGUUGUCUACUUUUUGUUUACUUGCAUGUCCGUACCUCUCGUUGAAAAGGCAGGUCGUCGUGGUCUCAUGAUGGCGUCGACUUUCGGCCAAUUCUUUUCCUUCCUGGUCAUCACUAUCUUGCUCCGGUUUGCUUCAACUUUGCCUAAAGGGUCGUCUGUUGCCUCGGCUUCCAUUGCAUUUUUCUUCCUCUUCUAUAUUUCGUUCGGUCUCGGUAUGCUUGGUGUGCCAUGGCUUUAUCCGACCGAGAUCAGUUCACUUCCGAUGAGAACGAAGACUGCCGCCCUGGCGACUGCAACAAAUUGGAUUUGCAAUUUUGUCAUUGUUGAGAUCACACCCAUUGCCAUCCAGAACAUCGGAUGGAGGUUCUGGAUCGUGUGGACGGUAUUCAACGCCGCCUUUCUUCCGGUUAUUUACUUCUUCUACCCGGAGACCGCAAACCGGACCUUGGAAGAUAUCGAUGCUUAUUACCGCACUAACCCUGGUUUGAUUGUGGUAACGGAUCCCGAUGCUAUUUGCGUUGAGCGACCUGUCAAGUACAUUGUGCACGAACAGGAGGAAGUUCAAAAGAAUGCUGAUAAGGGUGGUGUGAACAUGGAUAAGGGAGGUGCUGAGCACCAUGAAUAG